AUGUCUCCAAACGUCUCGGAGGAACGGGUCGACGACGACGACGACGAUGACGAGCAGAAUAACGCUAUGCUGGGGUUGAUAAAAGAGAAGGAAGGCCGGAGACUAUCGACACAUGGCAACUCGAGUGUCAGCAGUUUCAUGAGCCACAUCAGAAACGUGCUCGAUCACCACCUGGCUUCUCGUGCUACCAGUGCUGAACCCGGCCGGACGAUCAGCAUGGCUCAACCUCAACUAGCCACGAGCUCAAGUGACCAGCUUGCUCAUGUGGACGCGGUUCUGCCUCCCCGCCGGAGAGCUGACCAUCUUUUUGACGUCUACUGGAGAUGCAUUGAUCCGUUAUAUCCAUUCCUGGAUCGGGAUCAGAUGGAUUUAAUGUAUCAACGCUUGUGGGCCGGGGAGAAUCUUGGCGAAGACACAAAGAUGUUCAUCUGCCUCCUCAACGUGGUAUUCAGUCUGAGCUGCAACCUGAACCCCCGGAUGGAGCCGGAGGAAAGGGGCACAAAUGCGGCCGUCUUCUACCGACGCAGUCAAGAACUCCUGGAUUUCUCCGACCUCCAGAAUCGCUCGGUCCUGACCGUACAGUGCUUUCUCCUAUCUGGACAGUAUCUGCAAAGUACAAACAAGUCACAGCAAUGUUGGAUGUCGAUUGGUCUGGCCAUCCGAGUAGCCCAGAGCAUCGGCCUGGAUUUGGUAGCGACAAGCACUGAGGCACCCACUACAACUAUCAGAGAGACUAUGCGCAAGGUCUGGCACGGCUGUAUCCUCAUGGAUAGAACUCUUUCCAUGACAUUCGGCCGGCCACUGAUGAUCACCCCUAAGGCGGCGACAGCAGUUCCCAUGCCGCUGGUACAUAAUUCUGAGGGUCUUUGCAGCUGCCACUCUAGUGCAUCCAGCUGUGAUGCCACACAUGACCGCGAUCUGCACUUCUUCACCGAAGCCCUCGAGCUAUAUGAACUCAUGGGUGAGGCGCUGAUCACAGUAUACGACGCCUCGGCUGUUGACGAGCCAGUCAAAAUUGACGAGUAUUCCAUGUACUUUGGCAGCAAGGCGGCCAAGAUCGUUGGCCAGGUUUGUGAAGUCGACGACAAGCUCCAGCAUUGGCAAAGGCGUCUCCCUAUUCAUCUUCGCAACGACCCAGAUGCUCCCAAGUCGAUCAUCCACAAGCGCCAGAGCCAUAUUCUGUUUCUUCGUUUCCACCACACUCGCAUUCUACUUUUGCGUCCCAUUCUGUCACGGUUCUGCGCUAGACAGGGCUACGAGCCCGCAGGCUUCUCAGAGACGUUGCCCUGGAAGAUUGCUCUUCACUCAUCUGUAAGCUGUGUGAGGGCAGCCUUGGAAACUGUCGAGUUCUACGAGUCCAGCAUUGGAAACCGCAGCAUCCAAGACUGUGAGGACUUGCUGCCUGCCUGGUGGUAUAGCACUUUUUACAUCUACAGCGCCGCUACAAUUCUCGUGGCCGCACAGUUGCACCAUGCACUGACGGCGGAAGUUGGAACAAACAGGAUUGUUGAUGGAUGCCGAAUCAGCAUCAAACUGCUCACAUCGUUCCAGAGGUUCGGGGAUCAUGCGAUGAGAUGCGCCACCGCCAUCGGCUUACUUCUCGAGCACGUCCAAAGAAAACAAAGAGGGCGAACACAACAAAAGAAGCAGCGGCAACGAGACGAGUUAGAUCAAGUCAGGUUACAAGCAGAUAAGGGCGGACUCGACGAGAAAUGCGAGCAUCUGGUGAACCAAGGAGUAUCACAGACCAACCCCGCAAAGGGGCCUGUACAUGGUUUUGGAACCAGUGUAGAUUAUUUAGGGAAUGCCGCUGCUUCUAUAAACCCUGGGAACGAUGGAUCUUUGGACUAUGAUUUGGCAAUACAUGGUAACGAGCUAGAUGGUUUGACAAUGCUUGAUGGGCUCAUGGCGAUCGAUUUUGAGGGCUUCAACUGCAAACUGGAUUUUGACGAUCUUUCUUGGCUUAAUAGCAUACCCGCACAACUGUACGAGAGCUAG